AUGAAUGAAAGACACGUGAGAGCAAUACAGACCAAUGAGGAAGAAGCGCAAUUGCAAAGUAGUGCUCGGCUGAUGAAUGCGAGCUCAAAUUCUGAACCGUCUUCCUUUUUUUGUGUAAUCUCAAGCGGUUUUGGACCUCAAAUGGCGGCAAUACUGGCUUCUAACUCCUGCUAUUGCCGCUAUGGAGAAUUGAUAAAUCACGAUAGACCAGGAGACAAGAUGAGUUUCUCCAGCUCACUUUUGAAUCAUGAUUCUUUUGAGAAGUAUUCAUGUCAUCUGUUUAAAGCUAAAAAAGUCCACAAGUUUAAGGUGGAAAUGCAACAGAUGGAAUCUCCAGCAAAGGUAGGUGUUAAUGGCCGACCGACUAAAAUGGAACGCACAACUGGAGUGAGGAAAGGGAAAUCUCCUCCCGUUGCAAAAAUUUCAGAAAAGAUAAACGGCACUACAAGGAAUGUCAAUGGAGUACGCAAAGUUAAUGGAGUCGGCCUCAUUAAGAGAGAUACUGCUCCAUCUCUGAUGAAAUCUACGACCUCUAAAGAGCUUCCACCCAUUGAAGGGCUUAAAGUUUUGCCUUCGGAUGAAGGUUUCAGUUGGGCUAAUGAAAAUUAUAACUCCUUCCAAAGAAGUGUAGAUGUGUGGACCUUUGUUCUUUCACUGCGUGUGCGUGUUCUGUUCGACAAUGCAAAAUUGAGCUAUUUAGGAGGCUUUACAGAAGAUAAACAGAGAAGCAGAAGACAGCGAACUGCCUCGUGGUUACGAGAAUGUGUGCUUCAACUUGGUCCCACUUUUAUUAAACUUGGGCAGUUAUCUUCAACAAGGUCUGAUCUAUUUCCACGAGAAUUUGUGGAUGAGCUUGCCAAGUUGCAGGAUAGAGUACCUGCGUUUUCACCAAGUAAAGCAAAGAAGUUCAUUGAAACAGAAUUGGGCGCUCCAAUUAAUCAGUUGUUCAAGGAGUUUGAAGACUUACCUAUUGCAGCCGCUAGUCUUGGUCAGGUGCAUAGGGCUAUCUUACAUAAUGGAGAGAAAGUAGUCGUGAAAGUACAAAGACCUGGUUUAAAGAAGCUUUUUGACAUUGAUCUGCGAAAUUUAAAGCUGGUUGCUGAAUACUUCCAAAAAAGUGAAACGCUAGGUGGUCCAACAAGGGAUUGGAUAGGAAUAUAUGAAGAAUGUGCCAAGAUUUUGUAUGAAGAAAUUGAUUAUGUAAAUGAAGGAAAGAAUGCAGAUAGAUUCCGUCGGGAUUUCCGAAAUAUAAAGUGGGUCCGAGUACCUUUGGUCUACUGGGAUUAUACAGCAACAAAGGUGUUGACGUUGGAGUAUGUUCCAGGGGUUAAGAUAAAUAAAGUAGACAUGAUUGAUGCACGAGGUUUUAGUCGAUCCAGAAUAGCAUCACGUGCUAUUGAAGCUUACUUAAUUCAGAUACUAAAGACUGGUUUCUUUCAUGCUGAUCCUCAUCCCGGAAACCUCGCUAUUGACGUGGAUGAAGCACUCAUCUACUAUGACUUCGGUAUGAUGGGAGACAUCAAGAGCUUUACCAGAGAGAAGCUAUUAGAACUUUUCUAUGCUGUUUAUGAAAAGGAUGCAAAAAAGGUUAUGCAAGGUCUUAUAGAUCUUGGAGCACUUCAGCCCACAGGAGAGAUGUCAUCAGUGAGGAGAUCUGUGCAGUUUUUCUUAGAUAAUUUGUUAAAUCAAAGACCUGAUCAGCAGCAAACUCUUUCUGCAAUUGGUGAGGAUUUGUUUGCAAUAGCUACAGAUCAGCCAUUCAGAUUUCCAUCCACUUUUACGUUUGUGCUCAGGGCAUUUUCGACCCUUGAAGGCAUUGGUUACAUUCUGGAUCCAGAUUUUUCCUUUGCUAAGAUUGCCGCACCAUAUGCAGAGGAGCUCUUAGAUUUAAGACAGAAGCAGCGGACUGGAACACAACUUGUUCAAGAAAUGAGGAAACAAGCUGAUGAUGCAAGAGUGUACACAAUGUCCAUGCCUUACAGAAUUCAGCGGAUAGAAGACUUCGUAAAAGAACUUGAAUCAGGAGAUUUAAAACUUCGAGUUCGAGUUCUUGAGUCGGAGAGAGCAGCUCGAAAAGCAACCAUACUACAGAUGGCAACCAUGUAUACAGUCUUAGGUGGUACCCUCUUGAACCUUGGCGUUACAUUUACCAUUCAAGGUAGUCAAAUUAUUGCGAAUGGAUCUUUUGUUGGUGCAGGUGUUUUUCUUACUCUAUUUCUUAGGUCAAUGCAGAGGGUGAAAAAACUUGAGAAAUUUGAGAAAAUGAUAUGA